AUGCCACCAAAAACUAGUGGAAAAGCAGCAAAGAAAGCCGGUAAGGCUCAAAAGAAUAUUACUAAAAAUGAUAAGAAAAAGAAGCGUAAGAGGAAGGAAAGUUAUGCCAUCUACAUUUAUAAAGUGUUGAAACAAGUACAUCCCGAUACUGGUAUUUCAUCCAAGGCCAUGAGCAUUAUGAAUAGUUUUGUGAAUGACAUCUUUGAGCGCAUUGCUGCGGAAGCGUCGCGUUUAGCUCACUAUAACAAGCGUUCAACCAUCACCAGUCGCGAAAUUCAAACUGCUGUACGUUUACUCUUGCCCGGUGAAUUGGCCAAACAUGCCGUCAGUGAAGGUACCAAAGCUGUUACCAAAUAUACCAGUUCCAAAUAAUUUUUCCAACUGACCUAAUGGUAUAUAAAUAUAUUAACAAAACAAGGCCCUUUUCA